CCAGUAUAUUUCCCCAGAGGCAGCCAUCAUCAUGGAUUCCCUUCCUCCAUCAAUACUAGUUCAUCUUACAACAACCCCAAACGAUCAGCAUUACACGAUAGCAUCAAACACCAAAUCCAUCAUCAUGUUUUCUUUUUACCAAUUAGGCUCCGAUAUCAGAGAAACAACAGGUGUGUCUAUAUAACACUAAGAGUAGACCUAUUGAAUUGCCUGACCUAAGGGUUGAACAGGACAUCCCCUCUCACCAUGGACACCACCACCCUCGCGGCGCUGGCCACCGCCACCACGGUGGGCCUGCUGGCCCAGACCCACCUGGAGGGCUACCUGUGGCUGUUGGUGCUGGGCUUCGUCAUCGCCUUUGUGCUGGCCUUCUCCGUGGGGGCCAACGACGUGGCCAACUCCUUCGGCACGGCGGUGGGCUCGGGCGUGGUCACCCUGCGGCAGGCCUGCGUCCUGGCCACCAUCUUCGAGACGGUGGGCUCCAUCCUGCUGGGGGCCAAGGUCAGCGAGACCAUCCGGCAGGGCAUCAUCGACGUGCGCAUGUACAACGGCUCCGAGCACGUGCUGAUGGCGGGCUCCGUCAGCGCCAUGUUCGGGUCAGCCGUGUGGCAGCUGGCGGCUUCGUUCCUGAAGCUUCCCAUUUCUGGGACGCACUGCAUUGUGGGGGCCACCAUCGGGUUCUCCAUGGUGGCCAGGGGUCACCACGGGGUCAAGUGGAUGGAACUGCUUCGCAUUGUGGCAUCCUGGUUUCUCUCACCUCUUCUGUCUGGGAUCAUGUCAGGGGUUCUCUUCUACUUUGUCCGUAAAUUCAUCCUCAACAAGGCCAACCCUGUCCCCAACGGCCUCCGAGCUCUUCCUGUCUUCUACGCAAUCACUAUGGGUAUCAACAUCUUCUCCAUCUUGUACACAGGAGCCCCAUUGCUGGGCUUUGACCAGGUGCCCUGGUGGGGGACGCUGGGCAUUUCGCUGGGCUGCUCCCUCGGCACCGCUCUCCUUGUGUGGUUCGUGGUCUGCCCCCACCUCAAGAAAAAGAUCCAGCGUGAAAUGGCUCUUAGGCCCUGUGAAACACAACUGAUGGAGAAGAUCAAAUCAGACCCAGACCCAGAACCAGAACCUGAGGCCCCCAGACCUCUGCCCAGCCCCCCGGCAGGAGACAGCCAGAAGGUGGCCUUCAGUCUCGGAGACUCAGCGGACGCAGACUUAGACAGCAAUGGAAUUGACACCAAAAGUCCGGAUCUCAGCAAUGGUCUGAACAGCCUGGUGGGGCCCAUGACCAUCACCGACCCUCACAGCGGCCUCUCCCACACCGUCCACAAGGACUCGGGCCUCUACAAAGACCUGCUGCACAAGCUGCACGUCACCAAGGUGGGCGACUGCAUCGGCGACAGCGACACGGAGGAGCGGCCCAUCCGCAGGAACAACAGCUACACCUCCUACACCAUGGCCAUCUACGGCAUCCAGGGGGACCCCAAGUACAAGGAGGCGGCGGCGGCAGAGGGCGGCGGGGGGGCGCUCCAGAGGAGGUCCCGGGUGGACAGCUACAGCAGCUACAGCUCGGCCAUGAGCGCGGGCGCCCGGGCGGAGGACAGCGGCGUGGAGCAGAGCGAGGCGGGGAAGGAGCUGGCCGCCCUGGAGCAGGAUGAGCUGGAGGUUGACCACCCUGCCGUCUCCUCGCUCUUCCAGUUCCUCCAGAUCCUCACCGCCUGCUUCGGCUCCUUUGCACACGGAGGCAACGACGUCAGCAACGCCAUCGGUCCACUGGUGGCCCUCUGGCUCCUGUACGACAGCGGCUCUGUGGUCUCCAACGCGCCCACGCCCAUCUGGCUGCUCCUGUACGGAGGGGUGGGUAUCAGUGCUGGGCUGUGGGUGUGGGGCCGGAGAGUCAUUCAGACCCUGGGCAAAGACCUGACCCCCAUCACACCCUCCAGUGGCUUCAGCAUUGAACUGGCGUCAGCCUUGACUGUGGUCGUGGCGUCCAAUAUUGGCCUUCCUGUGAGCACCACCCACUGCAAGGUGGGGUCAGUGGUCGCCGUGGGGUGGCUGCGUUCCAGGAAGGCCGUGGACUGGCGCCUGUUCAGGAACAUCUUCAUCGCCUGGUUCGUCACCGUCCCUAUCUCGGGUCUGAUCAGCGCGGCCAUCAUGGCCCUCUUCGUACACGUUAUCCUGUGAGCCUUUUAACUGAUGAACAGAGGCAGCCUCAUGUCCCUCUUUGCGGAUGUUAUCCUGUGAGCCUUUUGACCGAUGCUCAGAGUCUAUAUCAUGCUACACAGAGGGUGGAAUGUGUUUGUUAAAAGAUUAUGUCUGUGUUUUUGUUUAACUGACCACUCUCGGUCUCAGAUUGAUUUGCCUUGAUCGUUUUAUUUUUGUGUACAUACAGGUUUAAUUGCUGUUUUAAUGCAACUGUACAAUGUUGUGCCAUAAAAUGCCUGUAAAUAUCCAACACAUUUGGAUGAUAUGAAAUGACCAUAUGUUCAUAGAAUCAAACUAAUGAUUUUUUUGUGAAAUAAACACCAUUGAAUACA